AUGCAUUCCUCUCUCAACCGUGCGCAGGCCGUCUUCGGCUUCUUCACCACCGUCGCUUGUGUAGUUGCUGCUGUAGCUGCGCUCUCGACUCUCCUAUUCCCCACGACCGCCACGACGACGUCGGUGGACUUGAAGAAUGUCCAGGUUGUCAAAGGUCGCCCACAUUAUUAUUCGACCAAACGCUCCGAAUAUGCUCAGAUCCGCUUCGACCUCGAUGCAGACCUAACCCCCCUCUUCAACUGGAACACCAAGCAAGUCUUCGUCUAUGUUUACGCAACCUACUCUUCAUCCAACGACCCCAACUCUCUCCUCCGUGACUCUGAGGCUGUCAUCUGGGAUGCUAUCAUCCCUGCCCAAACCUCCCAAUACACCUGGGACAAGCUCAAGGAGAAGGCGCUUGAUGCUCUCCCCGCCCCGAUCGUAGCGAAAAUCUCGCCUGGUUCCGUGAAGAAGAGCAAUAAGCGCAGCAGCUCGAAGGCCGCAGCUAGCAAGAAGGCCAAGGCAAACGCGAAGGAGGAGCCUGCGCCGGGCGUUCUGAGACUCAGAGGGCAGAAGGCUAAAUAUCAGAUCAAUGAUAUUACGGGCUUGCUGGCUGAGCGCCAGAAUGUUACUUUGGCUGUUGGAUGGAACGUGCAGCCGUGGGUUGGAGCUUUGUGGUGGAGCCCUGGAUCUGGGGCUUUCCCUCGGACAGAGGGGACUGUUGUGAAGAGUGAGGUUUUUGAUUUCCCGGCUUUAAAGGCAAAGAAGGCUGAGGGUCAGGCUGGGGCUGUUUAA